GUGCUGCCCGAAGGGGAAAUAACGAUCAAUAACACUAUGAUGUCUCCGCAUUAACUCGCUGGCAUGGAAAACAAAAUCAAAGCAGCCAAAUUUGCUAACAUAUAAAGAUUGAUUUGUCUGCACUGUGCACUUUUCCCUUACAUACACCACAGAUUUUUAGUCCUCCCUCUCUCCUGUCAGCAGUGAGGUGAAGCUCUAAUCCAGCAGCAGCGGCGAUGAGGACACACCGAUCUCUGCGUCAGUACUGAGGUUAGAAAUCUCCACAGCAGCACGCAGCAUCAGAGCGCCGACACAAGAAAAGAUUUUUUAAGUGAGUGACGAGCAGCAGCAGCAGCAUUACGGGAUAAUCUGAGCAAACACCAACAUGUGCUGGCACAGGUCUCCCGCUCAGUUUUACAUCGCAAGCAUCAGACAGCUGCAGUAACUGAGGAUGCACUUCAUUCCUGCAGACUCCAUCUUCUCACAAUGGUAAUUGCAAUCUACAACAUCUCCUCCACCUCAGCCAGGGUGAGCUGGCCAUCCUCCCCCACCUGCAUUGACACCUUCUACAGCGUUAUGUACGACCCCAACUGGAACAGCCUGUUCAUGGGCUACAAGCGCAAAAGCUUCAUGUAUGAGGAUCGUAUCCCUGUCAGUCAGACCAGCACACACCUGGCCAAUCUCCUCCCCCAGACUGCCUACUUCUUGUGUGUGACGUGUCAGGCUGCCAAUCCGGUGCGGGAACAAUGCCAAGUGUUCAGCACUCUGAGCGACAGCAGCGAAGGUCACGACAGAGCCGGCUGGGAGCUGGCCAUGGCCGUAUGGCUCAUCUGCUGCAUCUUGCUCCUCGUCAUUGCCAGCAUCCUGUUGUGGAGCUGUCUUAACAACAUUUGUAUCCUCCCCGGCCGGGCCGCAGCCGGACACCCGGUGGUGACCAACUCAACCUGCCAAGACCUGUCCACAUCUGGAGCCCUCUACACUCCGAGAAGCAGCAGCCAGGACAGCAUCAAACUCUCCAACAUCAUGCAAUCACCCCACCUCUCGGCGCAGCCUACGGGUCACAUAAUUACCCAAGACCAUGAGUUGAGGACACUGGCUAAGCUGUCCGGCAGCGAGCCAACAUGAAUCAACUGGAUUAAGGUCAUCACAGCAUUGUUCAGAUUCAAUUGUCACCGAGUAUUUUCACCCACUCACAAAAUCCUAUUUGUGUGUUUUUCCUCAGAGGAAACAUUUCAAACAUAUUACUGCACCGUUUCAACACACACGCACACAUACACCAUUUUAAAUAAAAAGAUUUAUGCUUUUUAAGACCUAAAAAAAAAAAAAAAAAAAAUAGCAAAAAUCAAAUAUCAUUAAUAUUGCACUCAUCAUUUUUCUUUUGGCACUGACAAAAAUUUCUCCAUGUAGAAAAAAAAAAAAUUCUGUCAUUUAACACGUCCCGUGCGUGUUUAUAGAACAGGCUCAGACAGAAACAAAUGUUGUCUGUUUAAUCAAAGCUUCACUAUCCACAAAAACAUUAAAAAUAAAUAAAAUC